AUGGCUAGUGGGAAGUUGUUUCGUGCAAUCAUCAUGGGUGUACCAGGAUCCGGCAAAGGAACAGUGUCGGGACGAAUUGUGAAAGUGUUUAACCUGAAGCACAUCAGCAGUGGUGAUUUGCUGCGAUCGAACAUCGCGAAGCGCACCGAGUUGGGAUUGAUCGCCGACAAGUACAUCCGGGAGGGCAAGCUGGUGCCGGAUAUUUACAUAACAAAGUGCAUAUUGAAUGAACUCGAACAAAUUAAAUCCUCCUCGUGGCUAUUGGACGGCUUCCCUCGCACGCGUGAACAAGCGGAUGAUCUAUGGAACCAGGAACGGAUCGAUUCCGUAAUCAAUUUGGACGUGCCUUUCGAUGUGAUCAUCGAACGCAUUCAGAGUCGCUGGGUACAUUUGCCUAGCGGACGAGUAUACAAUGUAGGGUUUAAUGACCCGAAGACUCCGGGUCUAGAUGAUGUCACCGGGGAACCGCUUAGUCAACGGCCGGAUGAUAAUCCGGUGGCUGUUCGGAAGCGUUUAGAAGUGUACGAUGCGUGUACGCGCCCAAUAAACGAAUACUUUGAUAAGAAGGGCGUGUUGGUCACAUUCAAGGGAAGCACCACAGACGAAAUAUGGCCACAUGUGAAGCAAUAUCUCGAAACAAAGGUACAGUGA